AUGCCAUCAUAUCACAUGCUGGCUACAAAAAGCAAGUUGAUAUCUUCCUAAAAUCAUAAAGAGGUUUUCUAUAGUAUCACAAUGAGGCCUUCUCUUGCUAUGUUUUCUCUUCUAUUUGCUGCUUUCUUGUUAAGUGGCAGCAUAGAAGCAAGGAAAGAUCCUGGGGAGUAUUGGAAAGAGAUAAUGAAAGACCAGCAAAUGCCAGAAGGACUUCAAGGCCUUCUUCCAAUUCAAUCUGAAAAUAAUCCCAAUACUCAAGGUCAAUUUGUUAAAGAUUUCAAGCAUGAAUGUGAAGAGUCUCUUGAAUCUCGACCAAGUGUUACUAAGUAUAAUGAUUUCGAACCUCGAUCAAGUGCUACUAAGUAUGAUGAUUUUGGACUUAAGUUAAGUGCUAACAAGAAAGAUGAUUUUAAACCUAGACCAAGUACUACCAAAUAUGAUGAUUUUGAACCACGACCAAGUGCUACUAAAUAUGGUGAUUUUGAAUUCAAGUUAAAAGCUAGCAAAAAGGAUGAUAUUGAACCUAUACCAAGUGUUACCAAGUACAAUGAUUUUGAAUCAAGACCAAGCACUACAAAGUACAAUGAUUUUGAACCAAGACCAAGCACUACAAAGUACAAUGAUUUUGAACCAAGACCAAGUACCACAAAGUAUGAUGAUUUUGAACCAAGGCCAAAUAUUUCCAAAUAUGAUGAUUAGCUCUUAAAAAAGGAAAGUGGCUGAAGAAUAUGUACUCUUAUCUUUGUAUCAAAUAAAUAUGUACUCUUAUCUUUGUAUCAAAUGAAUAACAGUUGUGUACAAUAUUAUCAUUUCUAAAUAAUUUCAGCUAUCUUUCUAAAAA